AUGCUUUCAGUGGUCCCCUUAUCAGUUUUCACCAUAUUGCUCGUUGUUCAGAGUAAUGCUCGAUCAGUGGUCAAAGUCCAAAGUCAGGAAGAUGAAUCCAAACCAGAUACUGAAGUGAUCGGCCCAAAGUAUUACGCAUGUCCACAUUUGAAUCCAGCCGAAAACACGAAAAUGCACGAGCGUUCUGAUGCCAGCUGUGAUCAGUCAAAGUCUGCAGCGGCCAAACAAGAUCAGGGUUGCAGCUGUGAGUAUUUAGUGGCUGAACGCAAUUCACAAGGAUGUGCCACAUCCUACUUUACGCUUUGUCAACGUGAAAAGUCUGCUUUCGAUGCCAUCUCACUCGGAGCGCUCUAA